AUGCGCCUUUCAACUUAUAACGGUAACUUCUGGCUUCCCGUAGGGGCGAGAUCCCCUCGCCCGUUACGAAGACGGGACAGGCAACCUGUCCCCUACAAUGGGGAUUCCUGUGUCAAGACUACAUCGCUUUUCUGCGUUUUAACGGCGUGUCUCGUAAUCCUAUUUGGAUGUGCUGAUCCCGGCGCACAAAAGAAAAGCGAAGAGGCGGAUGCUACUGCCACCAAGAAAAUCAAGAUCGGCUUGUCCAUGGAUUCGUUGCGUGUGGAACGGUGGCAGAAAGACCGAGAUAUUUUCACGGCUGAAGCAGAGAGACUCGGUGCCGAAGUUAUCGUCCAGUCUGCUGAUGGAGAUGAACGUCGACAGAACGAGCAAGCCGAGAACAUGAUUACCCAAGGUGUGGAUGUUCUCGUUGUUAUUCCGAAGGAUAGCGUCGCUGCCUCCCAAAUUGUCCAAGCCGCACACGCAGAGGGAAUCAAAGUCAUCGCCUAUGAUCGGCUCAUCCGUGAGAGUUCACCCGAUCUCUAUAUCUCUUUUGACAACGAACAGGUUGGAUAUCUCCAAGCCGAAUAUCUAUUGCGUCAGAAGCCAGAGGGGGCUUACUUCCUGCUCGGUGGUGCCCAACUGACAAUAACGCACAGCUUCUCCGACAGGGACAACUCCGUGCCUUGCAACCCGCAAUUGACAGUGGUGCCAUUCGUUUGGUGGCAGGAGGCGAGCAUUGGGCGGUUAAUUGGGAUCCGCGCGACGCACUCAAAAAGGCGGAACAGGUCUUGA